AAGGGGGUGUUUGCCAAUAUGUCUUUUGAAAGUAAAGGUAUCAUGCAAAUGUUUUAAUAGUUAAUUGGUCCAUAUAUAAAAUACAAUUUUAUGAUGUUAAAGGUCAACUACAGGUUGUCGACAUGGGCAUGGCUUGUAUGUAAUUUACGAGGUUUACGUAGAGUAGAGACUCCCCUGUAACCAGGUCUAUUAUAAACCAAGCAAAGCCUCGCAUGAUCAACCAUCAAAUGUUUGAAGAAGAAUAUCCAACGGUGACCAAGUGGGUCCGGGUGCUGACAUGGCAAAUCCUAAUUGGUGGAACAUCAGAGUUGAGAGAAGUAUACGUACGUAGAUGAUCUGUAAGACCUCCAAAAAUGACUAAUGACAGUGAGGUUCACUUCCUUCCCUUCUGACCCGCAACUGUGUCUGCUUCAAAUCUACCUUCCCACCCUUCUAAAACUCUGUUUUUAAAAGCUUAUAUAUUUGGAACCAUUUCGCUUCCAAAUUCUCGUAUCAAAUCAUAUCAUAUCAUAUACCCAGAAACCAGUUUUCAAGGCCCUUUAAUUAAUUCAUUUGGAGUACUACUUUAUGUAAAUUACAAUAACCACAUCACAAGCGCCACAACCUCGUUAGACUUUUUCUCUUUUAGUUUUUCAUUGAUCAGAGUAUGUAACCGUAUUAUUUCUCAGUUGAAUCCUCAAUCAACUCAGCAACCACAUCAUUCAAAGUAUAUAUAUAUUUUUGUUAGAUCGAUCAUGUAAUUGUGUAGCUUAAUAUUAGUUGUUUGUUUUGGUCAAUAUCAUCAUCAUCUUCUAUUUGAUGAUCAAAUAAUGGCAACUCUGGUACCCAUUACUCCAACAACUCCGUAGAAAAUUGUAACAUAGUAGAGAAGCUCUGUUCUUGCAUAUACAUAUAAUAUUACAAUAGUUAAUUAGUUAGAUAGGUCACUGCUGAGAGAGAAAGAAAUUAAGGCCAUGGAAGAGACCUUUGUACCAUUCCGGGGGAUCAAGAAUGACCUUAGAGGAAGAUUGAUGUGCUACAAGCAAGAUUGGACUAGUGGCAUUAAAGCUGGCUUCAGGAUUUUGGCUCCCACCACUUACAUAUUUUUCGCUUCUGCAAUCCCAGUCAUUUCAUUCGGUGAACAACUGGAGAGGAACACUGAUGGAGUUUUGACGGCAGUUCAAACCUUGGCAUCCACAGCGUUAUGUGGGAUUAUACAUUCAAUCAUCGGUGGUCAACCUUUGCUGAUUUUAGGAGUGGCAGAGCCUACUGUCAUCAUGUACACAUUCUUGUUCAAUUUCGCUAAAGAAAGGCCUGACCUUGGUCGUGAACUCUUUUUAGCCUGGACAGGAUGGAUAUGUGUUUGGACUGCAUUUCUGCUGUUCAUGCUGGCUAUAUUGGGAGCUUGUUCAAUCAUCAAUAGGUUCACCCGUGUUGCUGGAGAGUUGUUUGGUCUCCUUAUAGCCAUGCUCUUUAUGCAGCAGGCUAUUAAAGGAAUUGUGGACGAGUUUCGCAUACCAAAGAGAGAAAAUCCUAACUCACCACAGUUUAUACCUUCAUGGAGAUUUUCAAAUGGAAUGUUUGCUUUAGUUCUCUCCUUUGGCCUUUUGAUCACUGCAUUAAGAAGUCGAAAAGCAAGGUCAUGGAGAUACGGCUCUGGUUGGCUUAGAAGCCUAGUGGCAGACUAUGGUGUGCCACUAAUGGUUCUAGUGUGGACAGCAGUGUCAUACAUACCAUCUAGCAAUGUCCCAAAAGGGAUCCCUAGGCGACUCUUUAGUCCUAAUCCAUGGUCUCCCGGUGCAUAUGAUAAUUGGACUGUGGUUAAGGACAUGCUCAAUGUCCCAGUUAUCUAUAUCAUAGGAGCAUUCGUUCCAGCAACAAUGAUUGCGGUGCUUUACUACUUUGACCAUAGCGUAGCAUCACAGCUUGCUCAGCAAAAUGAGUUCAACUUGAGAAAGCCUUCUUCUUACCAUUAUGACCUACUUCUCCUAGGAUUUCUGACUUUACUGUGUGGUCUGAUUGGAGUGCCACCAUCAAAUGGAGUCAUCCCACAGUCCCCAAUGCAUACCAAGAGUUUAGCUACUCUCAAACACCAGUUGCUUCGUAACAGACUUGUUGACUCAGCACGUAGAAGUAUUAGGAAAAAUGCUAGUUUAGGACAACUUUACGGUAAUAUGCAAGAAGUUUAUCAACAAAUGCAGACCCCUCUAAUUUAUCAACAGUCCUCAGCUCGGGGAUUGAAUGAGUUAAAAGAAACGACAAUUAGUGCAGCUUCAAGCAUGGGAAACAUCGAUGCACCAGUAGACGAGACAAUUUUUGAUGUGGAAAAAGAGAUAGAUGAUCUUUUGCCAGUUGAAGUGAAAGAACAGCGUGUGAGUAACUUGCUCCAGGCUACAAUGGUGGGAGGAUGUGUUGCAGCCAUGCCUGUCCUCAAAAUGAUUCCCACCUCAGUCCUCUGGGGAUACUUUGCUUUCAUGGCAAUCGAAAGCUUGCCCGGUAACCAGUUUUGGGAAAGGAUCUUAUUACUCUUCACCGCACCUAGCAGAAGAUUCAAGGUGCUCGAGGACUACCACGCAACAUUCGUGGAAACGGUGCCGUUUAAGACCAUAGCAACAUUCACAAUUUUCCAAACAGUGUAUUUGCUCAUAUGUUUCGGCCUCACAUGGGUCCCAAUAGCGGGUCUCAUGUUUCCACUAAUGAUUAUGCUUUUGGUUCCGGUAAGACAAUACUGCCUCCCUAAAUUUUUCAAAGGGAUUCAUCUCCAAGACCUCGACGCCGCCGAGUACGAAGAGGCACCAGCUCUGCCUUAUAAUCUCGCCACGGGAUCAGAGAUUGGAGCGGGGGCUUCAUAUGCAGGAGAUGGUGAAAUUUUAGAUGAAGUUAUGACCCGAAGCAGAGGUGAGUUCAGGCGCACGAGCAGUUCUAAACUCACGAGCUCUACGUCGACACCAGCCCACAAUGCCCCGAGAGCUUUCGAGAGCCCGAGUCAGGUGGCGCAUGGGUACAGUCCUCGCGCAGCAAGGGAGAUAAGAGGAGAGCCAAGUCCACGUGCAGGCGGACGAGGGGGAGGGUCGACUUCGAGUCCAAGGCCACCUAACCUGGGAAAGAGCCCUCUAAGCAGUAAUACUACCACGCCACUUAAUUAAAAUAAGGAUAAUCAUAUUGCACACAUAAAUUAUACACAAAUUUAAUCCACACUUACGUAAAGUAAUUUUAACCAAUUAUCUAUCUUUAUUUAAAGAUGGAUCUAUUUGUUAAAAAUAACUUAUCACAUGAGUAUGUGUUAAAUUUGUAUAUAAUUUAUGUGUGCACUAAUAAUUACUCUUUGAAUAAUUAAUAGGUUUUACCUAUUUUUAAGCUCUAAGGGCUAAGCAAGCUUGGAUUAUGUUGUGAGUUGUCGUUUUUCUUUUAUAUGUUUUGUGGUUUAUUAUAUGAUGAUCACUUCUUCGUUGUAUAAAGUCCUUUGGUUGUAACUAAUAGUUAUUGAUCUUUAUAUUGGUAUUUCUUAAUUAGUCCAAAAUCGGAAGAAAAAGAACAAA